AUGUCUUCCUACGCUCUCCCCAAGUCCCACCAGGACCUCAUGGAGAAGUCUCUUGUUGAGACUGACCCUGAGAUCGCUGAGAUCAUGAAAAAGGAGAUCCAGCGCCAGCGCGAGUCCAUCCUCCUCAUCGCCUCCGAGAAUGUUACCUCCCGCGCCGUCUUCGAUGCCCUUGGCUCGCCCAUGUCCAACAAGUACUCUGAGGGUUACCCUGGUGCCCGCUACUACGGUGGCAACGAGCACAUCGACGAGAUUGAGCUCACCUGCCAGAGGCGCGCCCUCCAGACCUUUGGUCUCGACUCGGAGAAAUGGGGCGUCAACGUCCAGUGCUUGUCCGGCAGCCCUGCCAACCUCCAGGUCUACCAGGCCAUCAUGAGGCCUCACGACAGGCUGAUGGGUCUUGACCUUCCUCACGGUGGUCACUUGUCCCACGGUUACCAGACUCCCCAGAAGAAGAUCUCUGCCGUCUCUACCUACUUCGAGACCUUCCCUUACCGUGUCAACAUUGAGACCGGUCUGAUCGACUACGACCAGCUCGAGCAGAACGCUCUCAUGUACCGCCCCAAGGUCCUCGUCGCCGGUACCUCUGCCUACUGCCGUGAGAUCGACUACAAGCGCAUGCGUGAGAUCGCCGACAAGGUCGGCUGCUACCUGAUGAUGGACAUGGCCCACAUCUCUGGUCUCAUCGCCGCUGGUGUCAACGCCUCUCCCUUCGAGUACGCCGAUAUCGUCACCACCACCACCCACAAGUCUCUCCGUGGCCCCCGUGGUGCCAUGAUCUUCUUCCGCAAGGGCGUCCGCAAGACCGACGCUAAGACCGGCAAGGAGAUCCUCUACGACCUUGAGGGUCCCAUCAACUUCUCCGUCUUCCCUGGUCACCAGGGUGGUCCCCACAACCACACCAUCACCGCUCUGGCUGUUGCUCUCAAGCAGGCUCAGACCGACGAGUUCAAGCAGUACCAGCAGCAGGUCAUCAAGAACGCCAAGGCGCUCGAGGUCACCUUCAAGGAGCUCGGCUACACCCUCGUCACCGGUGGUACCGACAACCACAUGGUUCUGCUCGACCUGAAGCCCCUCGCUCUCGACGGUGCCCGUGUCGAGGCCGUCCUCGAGCAGGUCAACAUUGCCUGCAACAAGAACACCACCCCUGGUGACAAGUCUGCCCUCACCCCCAUGGGUAUCCGCAUUGGUGCCCCCGCCAUGACCUCGCGUGGUCUCGGCGAGCAGGACUUCGCCAAGAUUGCCAACUACAUCGACGUCUGCAUCAAGCUCUGCAAGAAGGUCCAGGGUGAGCUGCCCAAGGAGGCCAACAAGCUCAAGGACUUCAAGGCCAAGGUCGCUUCCGGCACCGUUGAUGAGAUCAACAGCCUCAAGAAGGAGAUCGCCGCCUGGGCUGGCACCUUCCCCCUGCCCGUGUAA